GAUAAAACUAUAUAAACGGAGUCAAGUCAUUCGUAUUCAUAACAUCGCUACGAGAUACUGAACACAGACAACCACAGUCUCAGAAGAUCAGAUAACACAGCGCUUCGUUCCUUAAUUUCGUCGACUACCAAGAGAUGGCGUUGAAAGCUGUAUUCCUGAUUGUCUUGCUUGCGGCCAUCAUGGUUGCUCGCGCUGAAGAAUCGACGAUUCACGAGCCCAGUUGUGAUGUGAAAUGCUCGCUGGGUUUCUUGCAGAAAGAGAACUGCUGCAGGGGACUGGGACGCGGCGGGUUUGCUUUCUGUGACCUCUCUGGUUUCCUGUUUUGCUACUUUUCGUAAACUACGCCAUGCCCGAAGCUUGACUAAGGGUCUCCACAAACAUCGACGCGUACGGAUUAGGGAUGUACCGACUAGUCGGGCAAGCCGAAUAUCCGGCCACAUUUGUAGUCGGCGAUUAGUCGGCAAAAAAGGCCGAUCAGUCGACACUAUAAAUAUUCUCAUCGACAAUUGAACCUGUAAAAAAGCUAAAAAAUCA